UAACACCUAAUAAUUCAACCACUAGAAAACGCGUAUUUUACCAGAAAAAUAAGAAAAUCCAAAACCAAUGAACGAACGUGUUUGAUGGGGCAUAGUUUACUCAAACAGACCAAAGUUUUCUCCUUCCUCUCUAUCUUCUUCUUCAACCAACUCCAUUUCUGAUUUCUCUUCCACCGCAUAUUCUCUACAAGUUCUUCUCAACCGUUUACUUUCCCAUUUUCCAUUUCUGCUACCUUCUUAUUCUCCACUUUCUUUCUUUCUCAACCAAACAAAGAUAAUCAAUCAAAUUUCCACCACUCCAAAUUUACGUGUGUUUCAUUUUCUUUUUGCAUCUUAUUUUUCAAAAUGGAUCCCGGAGAAUUGAGACGAGUAUUUCAAAUGUUCGACCGCAAUGGAGACGGCAGGAUAACCAAGAAGGAGCUUAAAGACUCCUUGGAAAACCUUGGCAUUUACAUUCCAGACAAAGACUUGGCUCAAAUGAUCGAUAAGAUCGAUCUUAACGGUGAUGGUUACGUAGAUAUUGACGAAUUCGGAGGUUUGUACCAGACUAUAAUGGACGAGAGAGACGAAGAGGAGGAUAUGAGGGAAGCAUUCAAUGUUUUCGAUCAGAAUGGAGAUGGGUUUAUCACGGUGGAGGAGUUGAGGUCGGUUUUGGCAUCUUUAGGGUUGAAGCAAGGAAGGACGGUGGAUGAUUGCAAGCUGAUGAUAAAGAAAGUGGAUGUGGAUGGUGAUGGGAUGGUAAAUUUCAAGGAGUUCAAACAGAUGAUGAAACGUGGUGGUUUUGCUGCUUUGGGAUCAAGUUGACAUACUUGAGAGACAACAAAUUGAUCAUGAGGAUUGAAUUUGAGGAUCAUCAUCAUCAUGAAUAUUAAGGUUUUAUUAUAUUUUUCUUUUUUUGGCCGGGUUUUUGAGUUUAGGGAAAAGACGUUGAAGAAGGAAAAAAUAUAUAUAUAUUGUCAGAGGUUGACCCCCACCCUAUUGAUGAAUAUUGCUUGAUUUGUAAAUUUUGAUAAGAGGGAAAAAAGAAAUUGUAAUAUUUUCUUUGGUUUGUGGGCUUCAAUAUGAUAUUCAUGCAAGUGAGAUCUUUUACAUAGCUUCCUUUAAUGAGAUUAAUUUCGUUUUGUUAAUUUA